AUGGGAGAGAACAAGGCAGUAGAGUUGACGGCUGAACAGAUUGACUCGAUCUGCGAGGAAGCAGCAGCGGCUGUAGCGGCUACAGCUGCCGCAGCAGCCGGCGCGCUGGCGAGCGAGAAGUGGGAGGCGGAGGCCAGUAGCGAGGAGACGAACAAACGGAAAAGAAGACGGAGAGUCCACAAGAAGACAGCGGAGGGAAACUUUCCGUCAGCGUCGAACCAACCGGAGGAUGGUGGGAGGUCAGACGGAGGAAGGGAGGAGGGAAGCGAGACGACGGAGAGCGACGGUUCUGAGGAAGAGAGAGGAGGGCUGGGAUUGGAGACGAGAAUUGGAGACGCAGCGGAUGCGGCGGCACGAGAAGCGCCGCGGAAAGCGGCGGGAAACACGGAAGAGGUGGAGCUGGUUCUGCAGCAGGAUGAUGGGGACGACGCGGGCCUUUCGCUGUUCGACGGGGAGACGAACGACGGAAUGAUGGACGUCGAUGGCGGCUCGGCGGCGGCGGAUGCGGCGUAUAUUACGGAGAACGCUGAUCGGAAGGGAGGCCAGGAAGGGAUGACGGAGAAAGUAGAGGAAGCUUCCAGGUUGACGGCUGCGGAUGAGGCGAGGAUCGCCGCGGCGGUUGACGGAGAUGACGCCGUUGAUUACGGUGGAAAUCCCGCGCACUCUCGGCGGCAAGAUGCUUCCGCGGAGAUGGCGCCGGAAGAUGCGGAGAGCCAGCAUGGCGCAAAAGGUCGCGCUGGAAAGAGCACUGCUACACACAGCGGGAAGGCGACGGGGAAGGAAGCGCGAGCGACGACGACGGCGACAGCGGCGCUGUCGCAGGUGCUGGUUCGCACGAGCCUGGAGUCGUGUCGCACAGUGGUUCUGCGAGUCCGGCCGAGCGACACCGUGGACGACGUGCUGUGGCAGAUCCAGCGGAAAACGGGCCUACCCGCGCACGAGCACCGCCUCAUCUACGCGGGGAAGCAGCUCGACACCUCCGCGCGCCUGGAGGACGUGCCUGUGCCGCACGAUGCCACGCUGCAGCUGAUCGGACGGCUGAGAUCGACACUCUUCCCCGACGUAUGGCUGCUGGUGGCGGAGAUGGAAGCGGGGCUGGCGCAGCUGCAGCGCCUGGAAGCCGUGGGCGCGGGCGUGGGGGAACCUCCGCCUGGCGCGGGGAAAGGCGAGGGGGGCGGAAGGGGUGGAGGCAAGGGGAGUGAGAGGGAGGGAAGAAGGGUGGACGGAAGGGGGGAUGGGGAUGAAGUCUCCAUGCACGAGCAGCGCGCUGAAGUGGCGGAUGGGGGGAGAGGAGGCGGAGGAGGAGAUGCUUGCAAUUGUGCAGUGGAGAGGGGCGGAAGGGGUAGAGGUGGUGGAAGAGGGCGGGGGAGAGGGAGAGGGAGAGGAGGCGGAGCAGCAGCAGAAGGUGGGAGUGGAGGUGCUGUGGAGGUUCAAGCAGCGGACAGAAUCGACGCCAUGGAGCAAGAACAACAACAACAACAACAACAACAACAAGAACAACAACAACCACACCACCAGGACCAGCAGAACCAGCAGAACGAGCAGCAGCAGGAUGAGCAGGAAGCGCCUGGGAGCGGCGGGGGCGGAGGAGGCGCGGUGGUGCUGCAGUGGGAGGCGAAGGGGGAUGGGAAGGGGCGGAGGCAGCGGCUGAGCAAGUACUACGAGGACAAGAUCCACUGCGCCAUGGCGCAGCUCUUCGUGCGCGCCGUUGACACCAUCCGCUCCGGCCACGAUGGCUGGACCAUCAAGCUCGCCGAAUACAUCGAGGCUUUCAGGCUGGCAGGCGGCGUGCGGGCAGCCGUGCAGCUGCUGCAGCUGAAGGAGCCCCACCACAUGCGCUUUGCCGACCAGACAGUCGCCAGCUUCCUCGACGAGCGAGCCCUGAUCACGUACAUGCACGACUACGCCUGCCCGGGUAAAUUCGCGCGGCCUUUACUGGACUACCUGGGCCCCGUGCUCAUGGAGCUGCACGUGCUGCUCGACUCCUGCCGCCUGCGCCCUGCACUCACCAUCAGGUGUUGGGACGCGCUAGUAAAGCUGUUUGGAAAGGUACAACUGGGCCGCUUCUGCCCGCAGCUCAACCGCUCCCCUGACUGGCUCGUGCGCAACCUCGCGCCCUUCCUAGAGAAGGCAGCCACGGAUCUCUGCAUAAGCCUGCACCAGCUCACCCUGCUCGCAGCAGCCAAGUCCGACACCCUCACCUCCCCCCUUACCUCCUCCACCUCCUCCGCUUUCAAAACGUUUGCCUCGGCUAUUGUCCUCUCGCUGCCCUUCUGCCGCCCGGCCGUGCGCCAGUCCGCGUUCUGCCGCCCGGGGUGGCUGCUGACUGUGUUUGGCUCGGUGCUGAGACACGUGGACGCGUGCCUGGCUGAGGAAUGCAUUCCCGCCGUCCUGCAAGGCCUAUACCUCCUAGCAGCAGUAGCAGCAGGGGCGGGGAGGGGGGGCAGCGCGGAGCAGCUAGUGGGACUCUUAGUGAGGCACAGGGGGUGUGUGAACGCGGUGAUUCAGAGCCAGCACCUGGCGCCGGGAGGGGACCUGGCGUGGGUGUGCGAGCACAGGGAGCUGAUCGACAUGGAUGUGAAGAGAAGGUGGAUGGGCGCGCUGCUUCCGGAGCCGGCUGAAGACCAUGCCAACCGAUGCACCGUCAUUGUGCACCGAGGCCCCUCGUUACUACACGAAUCCUUUGACCAGAUCUUCUACGCACCCCCAGAGGCCCUCAAGUCCGGCCUGCUCGUGCAAUUCGUAGACGAGGACGGCUCGGGCGCGGGAGUCCUGCGGGAGUGGUUCAUGCUCGUGGGCUGCGAGCUCUUCUCUGGCACCAACGCGCUCUUCUCCGCCUGCCCGGACGACCACCAGCGCUUCUUCCCCUCGCCCUCCUCCGCCAUCAACCCGGGCCACCUCUCCUACUUCCGCUUCUGCGGCCGAGUCGUCGCCCUCGCCCUCAUGCAUAACAUCCACUUAGACGUCACCUUCGCCCUCGCCUUCUAUAAGCUCCUAGCUGGGCGGGAAGUCACCUGGCGGGACUGUAAGGACAUGGAUCCGGAGCUGUUUGCGAGCUGCCGGGCGAUCAUGGCGCUGCCGGCGACGGAUGUGGAUGCGGACGUGCUGGGGCUGACGUUUGUGUGCAGCGUGGAGGAGGGCGUGGGGGAGAGCCGCGUGGUGGAGCUGUGUCCGGGCGGGGAGUUUAUUAAGGUCACCAACAGCAACCGCCACGCCUUCAUCGACCUGCUUGUCAAGCGACGCAUUGUCGCGCCCAUGCGACUGCAGGCCCUUGCCUUUGCUGCUGGAUUCUCCGAGCUGCUGCACUGCCGGGACCUCCCCAUCUCACUCGCCCUCCACACCUCCCCGCUCCAUGCUUCCUCCCUGCACGCCUCCUCUCUGCACGCCUCCUCCCUCCGUCCUCCCCACUCUAUCCCUGCUGGCGUCAGCAUUCCUGCUGCUGGCGUCACUGUGGCUCCUACCGGCAUCACUCUGGCUCCUGCUGGCGUCAGCAUUCCGGCUGCUGGCUUCACCAUGACUCCUCCCACGGGCGUGAGCACUAACCCUAUCAACCACCAGCUGCCCAUGGGCGCAGCAGACAAUACGGGUUUUGAGGCGCCUCAAAACGUGAGCACUAACCCUAUCAACCACCAACUGCCCAUGGGCGCAGCAGGCAAUGCGGACGCAGGAGGGCAGCAAUGGGGCCGCGCUGCCCCGCCUGCUGCUGCAGCAUCAGCACCAUUGCCAGCAGCACCAGCACCGUUGCUAGCACCACCAACAGAACCAACCGCACCACAAGCACCGCCACAAGCAGCAGUACCAACAGCGCCAGCACAAGCUACAGCCCAUCCCACACCAACCCCCAUCACACACCCCACAGCAACUGCUACAUCCGCCCUUGCCUCGCCCACUUCCAUGCCAAAUGCAGCAGCUACAGCAGCAGCUACAGCCGCAGCAACAGCAGCAGCUACAGCAGCCGCGGCGGCAGCUGUAGCAGCAACAGCCCUGUGGGCUGCUGCCUUGCAGGGAACGUCCGGGCCUACACCCGUGCCUGCAUCCAUGGACACCCUUCCAGCACUCAUGGCUGCCCACGCUACACCCGCUACAGCUGCUACAGCCACUACAGCUGCUGCUACUGCUCCUGUUACCACAGUUGCCACACCUGCCACUGCUGCUGCUGCUCUGCAUGGGGUCAUGAGCACCCUGCCAACAGUAACCACCAGCCAGCCAUCACUUAUGGUACCGCUAGCUACAGCCGAUACAGCCCCCAUUGCUACCGCCGCGCUACCCAACAUCCUGCCCACGGCUACAUCUGUUGCUGCUACAGCCGGUGCAGGUGUGCCGACCGAUCCAGCCUCUGCUGCAUCGGUUGUAACGCCAAUGAUGUCCGAAUCCCCCAUGGCGGCUGUAGCGCCAGGUGCGCCGGUGGUGGUGCCGAUGGUGAGUCCGGCUGUAGCGGUGGUGGAGAGCGGGUGGGUGAUGCAGCAGGCGCUGCGGCCACUGGAUGCAGGGGACUUUGAGGCGCUGCUGUAUGGUGAGGAGAGGGACAUCGACGUGGCGGACUGGCGUGCACACACGGAUUACCAUGGCUACCGGGCCACUGACCCUGAGAUUGAGUGGUUCUGGGAGGUGGUGGAGGAAAUGACAAAGGACCAGCGCAGGCGUCUCCUCUACUUCACCACCGCCAUUACACGCCUCCCUGCUUCCGGCUUUGCUGGCCUGCAAUCUAGGUUCCACAUUCAUCUUGCAUUGACUGACACCACGCAUCUGCCAACCGCACACACGUGUUUCCACCAACUUGUGUUGCCGCCGUACUCGUCCAAGGCGAUGAUGAGGCAAAGACUUCACACUGUCAUCGCCGAUCACCUUGUACAAGGAUUCGCCAUGGAGUUUCUGAAGAAGCUUCGUCAGCUGGACGCGUAUCCCAAGGUCAACGAGGAUUUCUACAGUCGCACCAUGUCAGGCGGCAUCCUCACGCUUAUUUCCUCCGUCGUCAUGGCCGUGCUCUUCAUCACCGAACUCCGCCUUUUCCUCCAGCCGAAGAUCGUCAACGAGCUCUCUGUGGACCUGUCGCGCGGAGAAACCCUCAAGAUCAAUCUGGACGUGACGUUUCCGCGCCUGUCAUGCGCGGUGCUGUCGCUGGACGCCAUGGACAUCAGCGGCGAGCAGCACCUCGACGUGGUGCAUAAUAUCUACAAGCGGCGGCUGACGCCCAUAGGGCUGCCGGUGGAGGGGAUAGACUCGAAGCACGAGAUAGGGGCGAAGCAGCACGACGUGCUCAAGAAGCGCGACAAGUACGGCAAUGUCGUGCCUGACGACCAGGACUUCUGUGGCAGCUGCUACGGCGCUGCUGAGACGGACGACCAGUGCUGCAACAACUGUGAGGAGGUGCGCGAGGCGUACAACAAGCGCGGGUGGGCCUUCAACAACGCUGACGCCAUCGAACAGGUUCCUCUCUCUCUCUCCUCUCCGACUCAAUGA